UUAUAUUAGUUGAUUUUCACAGGCCGUGAUUGAUUGUUCCAUAUUUCUUUGUAGGAGAUUGUCAUUAAGUUCGAGCUUUGAAGACAACGGUGUGAUAAUCUAUAUGCUUUCUUAUGUUUCAGGGAGAAUAAUGGUCUCCCUGCAUCUGAAUUGAUAGAUAUAAGACUUCAUAUUUUACCCUGUUAUACAUGAAUAAGUUUAGAGGUAAUCUGUUUCUGCAAAAUUCGAUAUCAUGAAUACAAGUCCAAGGUUUAACGUUAAAGGAACAAGUCCGACUUUUGAGGCUGAGGUCCAAAAGCGGAUGGCUCUGGUUGAGUGGAUAAACACAGUAGUUCCUCAUUUCUACUUGUCAGUUAAAGCUUCAGAUGAGGAGAUGAGAGCAUCCUUGCUUGAUGGUGACAUAUUAAGUCAGAUUUUGUACAGAUUAAAAUACAUUUCAACUGAUGAGGUGGAUGAAUCUAGUCCUUCUCCAGAGUCCCGGAGAAGGAAGAUUAAGCGGUUUAUUACUGUCAUGUCUGAGAUUGGGUUGCCGAGUUUUGAGAUGUCAGACCUAGAGAAGGGAUCUAUGAAACCUAUCCUAGACUGCCUUUUAGCAUUCAAAGAUCAUACAAUGCCACAUUUUGGUAGCUCCGUUUUGAAAGCUGUGGAUGAAAGGCGGAAGGCAUUGUCAGACUCAAAAUUUCAACGUGCGUGUAGUCCACUUUCACCAGAAUCACCAACUAAGCUGUUCCAUGGUGCAAAUAAGCUGAAUGACGUGUUUCAGAUGAAACAAGGAUUCUAUUCUGAUCUUCCUGCUACGAAAAUAUCUGAAAUGUUAAAAUCAAAUAGCUUAGAUAAUGCUCCAACUCAGUCACUUCUGAAUGUUAUCAAUGGAAUCCUGGAUGAAAGCAUAGAGAGAAAGAAUGCUGAAAUACCUCAACGCGUAGCAUGCCUGCUGCGGAAGGUCGUGCAGGAGAUAGAGCGACGAAUUGCAACUCAAGCAGAACAUUUACGCACUCAAAGCAAUCUUUUUAAGGCACGUGAAGAAAAAUACCAGUCUAGAAUAAAAGUGCUGGAAGCUCUUGCCAAAGGGAGUAGUCAGGAGAGUGAGAUUGUUAUGAACCAGCUCCAGCAUAUAAAGUCUGAGAAAAGCAAGAUGGAGGAGAAGAAAAAGUCUGAACAGCAUGAGGCAGCUAUGUCGCAGAAACAGAAGGAUGAGAAUGAUCUUGAGGUGUCCACACUGAAACAGGAGCUGGAAACGGCCAAAAAGGCGCAUGAAAUGCGUUAUGUUGAGUUGGAGACACAGGCUAAAUUGGUAAGAUCUGACUUAGAAAAGCGGUUAAAGGAGAAAGAGAAACUUCUUGAAGAUUCAAAGGCUAGCUCAGCAGAACUUGAUGAGGUAUCAACACUAAAACAGGAGCUGGAAAUGGCCAAAAAGACACAUGAACUACGUAGUUUGCAGUUGGAAACUGAGGCUAAAUUAAUAAAAUCUGACUUGGAGGAAAGGUUAAGGCUGCAAGAGCAGAUUUUAGAAGAUUCAAAGGUGAAGAUUAAAGAACUUGAGGUGAAUUCUCGUACACAAAAUCAGAGCUGGACUAAGAAAGAACAUAUCUAUGAAACAUUUGUGAAGAUUCAGUGGUCUGGUCUAGAGGAGCUUAAGCAAUCUUCAGAGACCAUUAAGCAAGAAAUGUUGAAGAUGCAGAGGACCUAUCUGGGGGAAUUGAACCAUGUAGGUAGAAAGCUCAAUAAAUUGGCCAAAGCAGCUCAGAGCUAUCAUGAAGUUCUCAGUGAAAAUCGCAAAUUAUAUAACGAGCUUCAGGAUUUAAAAGGUAAUAUUAGAGUAUAUUGUCGCAUUAGGCCAUUCCGUCCAUGGGAGAAUGAAAUGCAAACAAUUCUAGAGAACAUUGGGGAACAUGGAGAAUUGACUGUCACAAAUCCUGUGAAACCAAAGGAUUCUCAAAAAUCAUUUAAGUUCAAUAAGGUCUAUGGUCCUAUGGCUACUCAAGCUGAGGUUUUCUCUGAUACUCAACCAUUAAUACGAACCAUUCUUGACGGGUACAAUGUAUGCAUAUUUGCUUAUGGUCAAACCGGUUCUGGAAAGACCUACACGAUGAGUGGACCAGAUAAUGCAUCUAAAGAGGAUUGGGGGGUCAAUUAUCGAGCUUUAGACGAUCUUUUCCAAAUCUCUGAAGAUAGAAGAAGCUUCUUCGCCUAUAAUAUAGGAGUUCAGAUGAUAGAAAUAUAUAAUGAACAAAUUCGGGAUUUACUGUCAAGUGAUGGCGUGCAAAAGAAACUUGGGAUUCUAGCCACUCCUCAAGCGCACGGACUUGCUGUCCCAGAUGCAAGCAUGCAUACAGUCAGAUCCACAGAAGAUGUUAUUGAACUGAUGAACAUUGGAUUGUCAAACAGAUCUGUGAGUGCUACUGCAAUGAACGAAAGAAGUAGCCGCUCACACAGUGUUGUCACCAUUCAUGUUCAGGGAGAAGAUUUAAAAUCUGGAGCAACAUCACAUGGCAGUCUUCAUUUGGUAGAUCUUGCGGGUAGUGAGAGAGUUGACAGGUCUGAAGCAGCUGGAGAUAGGUUAAAGGAAGCACAACACAUUAACAAAUCACUAUCUGCUCUCGGUGAUGUUAUUUUUUCACUUUCUCAAAAGAACCCCCAUGUUCCAUACAGAAAUAGCAAGUUGACACAGGUUCUUCAGGCAUCUCUAGGUGGUCGAGCAAAGACACUUAUGUUUGUUCAGGUUAAUCCUGACGUGAAUUCCUACACAGAAUCAAUAAGCACGUUAAAGUUUGCUGAAAGGGUGGCCGGUGUUGAGCUGGGUGCUGCAAGAAGUAAUAAAGAGGGGAGAGAUGUCAGAGAAUUAGCAGAUCAGAUGGCAUCUCUCAAAGAUACAAUAGCUAAGAAAGAUGAGGAGAUUGAGCGCUUGUUAAAGGAUUCAAAAAGUCCGAAUUUUAGGCGAAGCUUAAGCUCCGUGAGACCUGGACCAACAUCACCAUCAACAAAGUCCAUGGGAAGUCCUCUACGAAGCCUAAGUGCUAGACGCAUGGGAAGUCGUCCUAAAUCAGCUUCUGAGCAGGAUAAUCUCUCAGAUUUUUCUGAUCCUGUCCAUGCCUUAGACGACGACAUUACAAAAGAAGGAAUGCGAUCAUCAAGAUCCAUGAAUGACUUAAAUGCUCAAGACACUGAUGGUAGUUUUGAAGCAGGCAUUUCAAAUGACGCAAACAAACCAUCAGAUAGUGCAGAGAAGCGCGCAGAGAAGCCAAGAACACCUACAAGGACAUCUCAACCAUCUCGGUUAUCAACCGGGGCCUCUCGUUUGUCACAAGUAAGGACCACAUUGAAAGCAGCUUCAGCUUUGAAGAAACCUGUUAGUGGAAGCUCUUCUCCAGUUUCACCAGUCAGUGGCCGAAGACGAGUGUAGGUUUAGUUAAAGACACUUAGAUUUUUUCUCUUGGGUUGAAUGUUUUUGUUUUCUUCACUUUGUUCAAUUUCUUCCUUUGUGUUUUAUCUCACAGCUUGUAAGUUGUAACUUGUAUCGUUCUUUUUUUUUUUUUUUUUUUUGGUUGGUUGUGGCACUGGACGUCUGGAAUGUAUGAAGCAAUUUGUACCAAUAUAUAUGAAAUAAAUGGACAAGCUUUCUUUUCCUUUUUUUUGUUGAACAUGGAAAGGAAAACUAGGUUAAGCAUCUAUCGGGAGCACCAUCCUAAAACGUCCUUACGUAUCAAAAGGGAAAAAUCAAUAUAUAAUAAGGAAGGAAAUAAUAGGUGAGAGAAAAGCACGAGUGGCCUUUCGUGCCAUCUGGCGACCAACAUGGCAAAACUGGAAUUACAAGAAGCUCUGGACAUCCGUACACCUACAUCUUUAAUAACAAAACUAAUACACCAAGGCACCUUAGAGGGAUUAGAAAGAGCAUUAAUGACAUGAAGAUUAUCCCUUUCCACGAAGAAUGAUAUCCUUCGUCGCCUAGGCUUCUGCUUGGACAAUCGAGGUAUGGGGCUGAAAAAGUUAGCACCACCACAUAAGACAUCACCUCGAUGAUUUUCGGUGAUAAAACCAACAACAGUAUUCCCGUUCUUAAGUUUUCAACCAUCAAA